UAAAAAUAUCAGUUCAUUUGCUUCUUAUUUGUUUUUUUACAUUUGUUACUAUAAAACUUGAAAAAAGUAAAAAAGAAGACAUGGGUAAACAGGGACCUUGCUAUCAUUGUGGUGUUACAAGCACCCCCCUUUGGAGAAACGGGCCUCCAGAUAAGCCUGUAUUGUGCAAUGCAUGCGGUUCGCGUUGGAGAACUAAAGGAACUCUUGUUAACUACACCCCCCUUCAUCUUAGAUCAGAACCAGAUGAGUUUGAGGAUCGUCGUGUGAGAGCAAUAUAUAUUAAGAACAAAGAGGCAAGAUUACUAAAAAGAAAAGACAUCUAUGAUAAUGUUGUAGGUGGUAGCAGCGGUUUGCUGCUUGGAAGCAGUGGUGGUGGUGGGCUUGCUCCUAGCCACCACCACCACAGUCUUUUUAAGGGGCUUGAUGAAGAUACAAGCAACAGGUCAAGUUCUGGCUCUGCAAUCUCUAAUUCUGAUAGCUGUAUGCAACUUGGCAGUGCAGAUGCCAGUGAUUUAACAGGCCCAUCCCAGUCAUCUGUGGUGUGGGAUACAAUGGUCCCUUCAAGAAAGAGAACAUGCUUUAACAAACCAAAACAAUCGUCGGUCGAGAAGCUUGCUAAAGAUUUGUAUACAAUCCUACAUGAACAACAAUCUUAUUUUUCGGGAUCAUCUGAGGAGGAUUUAAUAUUUGAAAGUGACAAACCAAUGGUUUCUGUUGAGAUAGGACAUGGGAGUGUGCUUAUUCGUCAUCCAAACCCAGCCACCCGGGAAGAGGAAUCUGAAGCUAGUUCUCUUACUGUCGAUACCAAAAACGAAGCUUAUUCAUGGUGCACUAGUUUUCCUGGAUAUGAUGCUAAGCAAAGUGGAAUCACUUCAAACCGGGUGACUGCAAAGUCCCAAGUGCUCUUGGAUCAGGACCAAUACAGUAGGGAUAAUGACGAAAAUUUACCAAUACUUGAGAGUCAUAAUUCACCAUUAUGCAAAAUAGAUCUUAAAGAUAUUAUCAACUUUGAGGUGUUUAAGAGUCAAAUGACAAAUGAUGAAAAGCAGCAGUUGGUUAAGUUUUUACCUUCUAUCGAUAGCGUUCAUCUGCCAGAUAGCCUCAAAAGCAUGUUCGACAGUCCUCAACUCAAGGAGAACCUAUUUUCCUUCCAAAAACUUCUUGCAGAAGGAAAUUUUGAUCUCUCUGCACCCGAAAUGAAAAGUGAAGGCUGUAGAACAUUAAAGAAGCUUGCUCUUGGUAAUAUGACAAAAUGCAAGUGGGUGGAACAAUGCAAUCUGCUUCAGGAUGCAAAGUGCAAAAUAGAUAAAGGUUAUGUAGCUUCUGGAGCUCUUAAUGCUGUAGCAUCUAGCUGUCCGGUGAAUUUACAAAGAUCAAAUCAGUUUCAUUCUUUUCCAGGAUUAAAGAACACAUGCAAGGGUCCUAAGGGCACAUUUAAGAAAGCAAGCUAUGAACAUAAGGAGAUUGUUGAUAAUGAUGCCAAUGGAUUCAGCCCAAGAAGCUUGUUUUCCUUGCCUACUGAUAAUCGGUCCCAUAUGCUUGAUUAUUUAAAAUAUGCAGAUGAAAGUUCUGAUCAGGAUCUUUUGCUCGAUGUGCCAUCAAACACAUCCUUCCCGCAGGCAGAACUUCUCACAACUUCAUGUUGUGUUGGCCAAGGCAGUCGAAAUUUCUAAGGUUAUGUAGAUGACUCUUCUACUAUGUACCCUCCAAAUCUGUUGACUUUCUUGGUUAUCUAGGCAAGUUUGCUACUUUGUGCUUCAGAUGUCACAUUGCAAAACAUCAUGAAUUGGGUUUGUAGCAUUUUGCAUCACAAAUAUAGCUUGCGAACUAAGCUUUGUUGGGUUUUUUUGUUUUUAAUUUUUUUAGAGGUCAACAGCUCGGGAUACAAAUAUGAUAGUUUAUUUUUGUAUAGGUUGACAAAAAGAUUGUAUUAUAAGAAGUUACAAAAAUGCAAGAGUUGUCUACUACUAAUGCAUUGUUGAUUUUGUAAAUUAGAGCA